AUGGAGCAGUACUCCAUAGAACAACGUGCCCAAAUUGUUGAGUUUUAUUUUUCAAAUCAACGAUCCAUUGUUUUGACUCAGCGUGCAUAUCGUCGUUUUUUUAAUGUGCGGGUUGGACCCUCAGAGUCAACAAUAAACCAUCUGGUUGCAAAUUUUCGACAACAAGGGGCAGUAAGGAAUCUUCCUGGUGCUGGCAGACGACGAACGGUGCACACGGAUGACAAUAUUGAACUAGUACAGAGGAGUAUUCGGGAAUAUGGAGAAACAUCAACCAGGAGACGUUCAACACAACUUGGCCUCUCACGAGCGUCGCUGCAGAGAACUUUGCAUACGUUAGGAAUGUUUCCAUACAAGAUUCAGCUUGUCCAAGAAUUGAAACCGACAGAGUACCAGCAACGACUUGAUUAUGCAGUAUUUUUCCGGCAAAAAGCAGAAGAAAAUCAUAAUCUAAUUAUGAGCGACGAAGCCAAUUUCCAAUUAAGUGGAUUCGUUAAUAAGCAAAACUGCAGGAUAUGGGCUACAGAAAAUCCGAGAGUUAUGGAAAAUGUGUUGGAAAGAGCACGAAUAUGCGAAGCAGAAAAUGGCCACCACUUGCGAGACAUUAUUUUUCAUAACUAA